AUGACAAAGGGAAAAAUCACUAUCAAGACCAGAAAGUUCUUCACAAAUAGACUCCUCAACAGAAAGCAAUUUGUUGUUGAUAUUCUCCAUCCAGGACAAGUUCAACUCUCAUCUGCUCAAUUGAAGGAAAAGCUUGCCGAAAAAUACAAGGUUAACAAUCCACAAACCAUUGUUUUGGGUGGAUUCAGAACAAAGUUCGGUGGUGGUAAGACUACUGGAUUUGCUUCAAUCUAUGAUUCCGUUCAAGAUGUCAAACUCGUCGAACCAAAGCACAAGUUGGUCAAGAACAAGCUUGUUGAAGUCAAGAAGGAAGGAAGAAGAUUGAAGAAGGAAAAGAAGAACAGAGCCAGCAUUGUCCGUGGUAAGGAGAGAGCCAAGGUCAGAGGUGGUGCCAAGAAGAAAGAGUAA